AUGGAGAUGAGCUCGGUCUCGUCCACUCCUCGCACCGUGGAAGAGAUCUACAAGGACUACAGUGGCCGCAGGAGUGCCAUCGUCCGUGCCCUCACUCAUGAUGUAGACGAGUUCUACUCCCUCUGUGAUCCAGAUAAGGAGAACCUCUGCCUUUACGGGCAUCCGAAUGAGUCCUGGGAGGUCACGUUGCCGGCUGAGGAGGUGCCUCCGGAGCUGCCGGAGCCGGCACUCGGGAUCAAUUUCUCCAGAGACGGGAUGCAACGCAGGGAUUGGCUCUCGCUUGUUGCUGUCCAUAGUGAUUCGUGGCUUCUUUCUGUUGCUUUCUAUCAGGGAGCUCGCCUCAACCGCAAUGAGAGGAAACGACUGUUUAGCAUGAUCAAUGAUCUGCCUACAGUAUUUGAAAUGGUGACUGAUAGGAAGCAUCAAAAAGACAAGGGUAUGGACAGCGGAAGUAAAUCCAAGCUGUCAGCGAAGCGCUCAAGUGACGGACAAAUAAAGAGCCAUUCAAAGCCAGUUGAUGAUGAUUUCGGUGAAGAUGACGAUGAACACAGUGAAACACUUUGCGGAACUUGUGGUGGCAACUAUAAUGCAGAUGAAUUCUGGAUUGGGUGUGAUGUGUGUGAACGGUGGUUCCAUGGGAAGUGUGUGAAGAUAACACCUGCAAAAGCCGAGAGCAUAAAGCAAUACAAAUGCCCUAAUUGCAGCUCGAAAAGAGGAAGACCGUAGCUUGAAGACAUCUACUUCUUCCUUCUAUAGCUCAUUAUUGAAAAUUCGUCCGUGUUUGACAAAGCUGAUAUAUUUAUGCUUGGUAAGAGAUAUUUCUGUAAACAGCGCAUUUGUAUCGUUUUGUUUAGUGACUGAUUGUUUGCAUGUAUUCUAGUAGCUGGCAAUCUAAUCAAGUUAGAGUUUUCAA